UAUGAAACAACUCUGAAAAUAAAUUUAUAGAUAGAAUUAUUUUCGUAUAUAUCGUGACGACUAUCCAUGCCACAACUGAAUUAUCAUCAGAACAUAUUUUGGAAGUCUCGAAGAAAGAACGGAAAAAUUAAAAUGAACACUGUAAUUAUAUUGCUUGUAAUCGCUGUUGUUACAUCAUUGGAAGUAAAUGCAAAUGAACCACAAUGUGUUUGCUCGAAAUUUCACUAUGAGGAACAAAUGUUAGAGAAAAUGGUGAGAAUGGAAUUUGCUGUUGAAAAUAUGAAGAACGAAAUGAACGACGCAAAGACUAGUGUAACGAAGACAGUGGAAGAAUUCAGUCGUCUUAAAGCAGAGCACGAAAAUUCUUUAAAGAAGAAAGAUAGCAUACGCCCAGCCUUCACAGCCGGAUUGUCCGCUCAUCUUACAAAACUUGGACACAAUCAGCCAAUCAUCUUUGACAAUAUCGUUACCAACAUCGGACAAGCCUAUUCAGGAACUACUGGGGUGUUCACCGCGCCAAAGGACGGCGUCUAUUAUUUUGCCGCAACCAUACUGAGUUUUUCUGGACAGUAUGUGGAAACCGAAAUUGUUAAAAAUGGAGAAUCUAUGGUGAGACUAUAUUCGCAAGGCAAAUUUCACGAUCAGGGAACGAGUGGGGUUGUUUUACAGCUGAACGCCUCUGAUGAAGUUUGGGUUAGAAAUAUGAGAACAAAUGGCGAAAAUGUGCAUGGUUCCAACUGGUCUACAUUUUCCGGUUUUCAAAUUUAACAAUGUUAUUCAUUUUUCAGUUUUUGAAAGAUUAUAGUCUCAAUGGUCGAGAUUCACACAAUAACGGUGCUGUGAUUCCUUGGUUAAUGAGGAAACAAAUAGCUACAUAUCUAUAAAGCGAAGGAAGAUAGCGUACUUCACGUGCGUUGUGUCUGACAUGUUUUCAAACACUCAUUUAGUAAAUUACAGAACCAUGUCAAAGUUUAGGUUAUCCUGCACCAAAUUCAAAUUAGUGAACUAGGAGAUAUGCGGGAUAUUCCACCAUGGUAAAAUGUGAUUGGAGAAUAAUGAUUCAUGCGAGUUUGAUUACCUUUUAUAAUUGAAGAGUAAAAUGUUCUUGUAAAUAUAUGCACAAGAUAAUAAUCAUCUCAUCAGAAAAUCUCCUGACAUGUGCAUGUUUUAAUAUAUUGUUUCUUAUAUGAAAGUUUUUUUUAUUUCCAAAGAAACCAAACUUUAGGUGAUUUUAGUAAAACAAAAGUUUUUUGUAAAACAUGUGCCUCAAUCCUUUAUGUUGUAAAGCGGUAGAAAAAAAUAUUGCAUAGACAGUA